AUGCGCGUCUACGCGGAGAAGCUUGUGACGUGCGUUGCUGUCGCUCUUCAAGUCGUCGGCUCAAGAGCUGCCCUACGUCGAUUCAGCUUCAAGCUUCACAGCGCUUCCAACUCUCCAGAUGGAUUCGAGCGUGAAGUGUACCUCAUCAAUGGCCAGCAACCGGGUCCCCUGAUAGAUGUUGAUGAGGGAGACGACUUGGACAUCUUCGUCCAGAACGACUUGGAUGUAGAAACAACUAUUCACUGGCACGGACUGUUGCAGCGAGGUACACCUGACAUGGAUGGAGUACCGGGUGUUACACAGGACCCCAUCGCGCCGGGCGGCAACUUUACCUAUCGAUUCUCCACUGCAUCCGAAUACGGCUUUUUCUGGUACCACUCCCACUUUCGAGCUUAUUAUAACGACGCUAUUCGUGGCCCCCUCCUCAUCCGACCCGCCGCCUCGCGUCAACGCCCGUUUGUCGACUUGGCUGGAAAUAGCGACGAUGUCGUAGCACUCCUGGCCGCCGAACGAGAUGCGGCAAACAUUCUCCUAAAUGACUGGACGCACGAACUCUCGGACACUAUAUUCGCGCGAUAUAACAGGACGGGUGCAUUCCCAUCGUGUGUCGACAGCAUUCUGGCCAACGGCCAAGGAAGGGUUCAGUGUCUCCCCGAAGCCAUUCUUGAAUCCGGGCCAGGGCUUGGAAUAGAGUCAGAAAUAUCAACUUCGGCAACCGGACCAUCGAUAUCCACGGCUACUAUGCCAAAUAUGCCGAGUAUGGACAUGCUGGACCAAAGAGGUAUGCAUGACAUGUCGAUGGAGGCGCAUGCGAGCUCUGAGACAACCCUGGCGUCUACCUCGAUGUCAAUAAGCCAUCCUACUGCGUCGUCGAUGAUGCCAGACAUGCCAGGGAUGGACACUCUGAGUCCCCGUGGCUGUAUGCUGCCUAUGAUGUUCAAGCCGGGGUUCGAUAUAUCGUCACUGCCCCAAGAGACUUGCACUAACACCACCUCACCUUUGCUAACCAUCGCUGCGGACCAAUCACGUGGUUGGUUGGCUCUCAACCUCGUCAAUUCUGGUGCCGUUAGCGCCCUAAGGGUAUCUCUAGAUGGGCACUCGAUGUUUGUCUAUGCUGCCGACGGUCUCUAUACCAACAUGCAGGAAGUCAAUGUGCUGCACAUGGAACUCGGGCAGCGGUACUCCGUCAUGGUCAAGCUCAAUCGGGCGCCUGGGAAGUACUAUCUCAGAUUCGCAACUUUCCCAAGCGGUGACAUGCAGCAAGUUCUGGAAGGGCAGGCGAUUGUCUUAUACAAUACUAGCAAGGCCUCUACAACGAACACUGCGGAGGAUCUUGUCAGCGACUGGAUGUAUAUCAACGGAUCUGCCAAAUCAGACGCCGCUCUGCUUGAUGCUUCAGCGCUCUCUCCAUUCGAAGACAAUCUCUCGCCGCCGUCGGGUCCAGCCGACAAAACCUUGUCUUUCCUGGUUAAUCAAACGGAUAUUGUGAGCUGGGUAAUCGAUCGCGCACCGUUUGAGGAGCCAUCUAUCCCUAUCGUCUACGGCAAUAUCUCUUCAGGUUGGGAUUCAACCACGACCAUGCAUUUACCGAUCAACUCGACCAUUGACAUUAUCAUGGGUAUAUCAAACCAGUCUUUGGAUAAGAUGGGCCAUCCAAUACAUCUUCAUGGACAUAAAUUCUGGGUCCUAGGGUCCGGUGUGGGGACCUUCCCAUAUGCUACAAUUGCGGAUGCGCCAUCGGAUCUUAUUAACCUUGAGAACCCUCCAUACCGUGAUACGACUGGCCUGCCUUCUCAGGGCUGGGUUGCGAUUCGGUAUUUGACUGAUAAUCCUGGUGCUUGGAUCUUUCAUUGCCACCUGCAGUGGCACAUUGUCGUUGGUAUGGCGGUAGUCCUUGUCGAGGGCGGAGAUGAACUUCCAGCCUUGGUUGGCCAAUACAACCCCCCGCCCACUACUGCAAUGUCUGAUACGUGUCUGCUCUCCUGA